ACCAAUAAUGAACGAGAGAAUAAGCACUGCGCUCAUUCCAAGAUAUCCUGUUCCAGAUGAGCGAGGAACACCAGGUGGCCAAAAGCAGGGUAAAAAGGUUCAUCGUUCCAAUCCAAAGUGAGAUUCUCGUGCGCCUUGUAGAUAAGCGGAGGGCUGCAGCAUACGAGGCGGGCCGCCACAGGCACUGAAAUGAGCGGUCGCAUGGUCUCACCACAGUGCUACGGCAACUAUGGAGAGAACUUGUAUAGUACAAUUUACACUUUCUCAGAAGUGCGGGGUAGGGAUCGCCAAAGACCUCUUCCAAAAAAAAAACCCCCCCCUUACCUCCAUAGACCCCAGGAACAAAAAACAAACUCCCGCGGGAGAACCAAACUACCGGUUAAGGUUUUUGGAUUUUUCGAAAAACAAACUCCCACUGGAGAACCAGAACCCAUUACAGGUUUUUGGAUUUUUAUCAGUGUGUCGUAUGUCUGCGGGCCGCUGUUUUUGUAUUUGCUGCGAGUUGCGAUGGCCGGUUUUGGUGUAUUUAGGGUUAUUAAAGAGGAUGGGCGCGCGGGACAAGGCUGGGUGGUUUGUAAGAAGGGAAUGACGAAGCCAUCGCAGCCUUCCAACUUGGAAGAUCUUUUGGGUUCUUUCGAGUCACGUGGAAGCCCCUUCUCUCGCUCUCCACACAUCAGAGGGUUAUUCCCGACCAUUGCAUACCUAGGUAAGAUUGGUCGCUUGCUUCUUGACAAAGGUUGCCUGCUACAUUUGUGUUGGAGUCCGGUGCAGUGGUGCAAUCCACCUUUUGGCUCUUAGUCAACCCUAUUUGGCAAAGUCUGCCAAGUUGCCACUAUGAGAUCACCUCUCAACUCUCCGGCGAAAACUCUCCGGCAACAACUCCACACGACCCGACGCACUCCUCAUAAACCUUUGAAAUAGGAACAACUACCUCACGAGUUGCCU